UCCACCUCCGCCCCCACCCCCACCCCCGCCUCCUCCGCCCCACCCCCGCCGCCGCAGGAAGGAAGGAAGGAAGGAUGGAGGCCCCUGGCUCCCCCUACGCCUCCUCGCCGGAAUCCGCCCCGAAGCGCGCCCCACGCUCCCCUCCGCAGCAGCAGCAGCCCUCCGAGGAAGGAGAUGACAAGGAGAAGCCAACACAUUUGAGGUUCCUGGUGUCUAAUACUGCAGCAGGAUGUAUUAUUGGCAAGGGUGGAUCAACCAUCAAUGACUUUCAGUCCCAGUCUGGGGCUCGUAUUCAGUUAUCACGUAGCCAUGAGUUCUUCCCUGGUACAAAUGACCGUAUCAUCAUGGUUUCUGGAAUGUUUGAUGAAGUAAUGAAGGCCAUGGAGCUGAUUCUUGAGAAACUUUUGGCUGAGGGUGAAGAAUUCAAUGAAGCUGAAGCUAGACCUAAAGUUAGACUUGUAGUUCCUAACAGCUCUUGUGGUGGGAUUAUUGGUAAAGGUGGAUCAACAAUAAAGUCGUUUAUUGAAGAAUCGCAUGCUGGCAUCAAAAUUUCGCCGCAGGAUAACAACUAUGCUGGUUUGCAUGACAGGCUUGUUACUGUCACCGGAACUUUUGAUAACCAGAUGAAUGCAAUAGAUUUGAUAUUGAAGAAGUUAUCUGAGGAUGUUCAUUACCCUCCUAAUUUGAGUUCCCCAUUUCCAUAUGCAGGUCUUACUUUUCCAAGCUACCCUGGUGUUCCUGUUGGUUAUAUGAUUCCACAGGUGCCAUAUAAUAACGCUGUGAACUAUGGACCUAAUGGAUAUGGAGGAAGGUACCAAAACAACAAGCCCAGCACACCUAUGCGAUCGCCUGCUAAUAAUGAUGCCCAAGAAUCUAUCACCAUCGGUGUGGCCGAUGAACACAUAGGUGCUGUUGUAGGUCGUGCUGGAAGGAACAUAACAGAAAUCAUUCAGGCUAGUGGUGCUAGGAUCAAGAUAUCAGAUAGGGGUGACUUCAUGCCUGGGACAACUGACAGGAAAGUGACAAUUACCGGAACACCGGAAGCUAUCCGCACCGCGGAGUCCAUGAUCAUGCAGAGGGUGUCAGCCAGCUCGGAGAGGUGAUGGGCCCCACUUGAAGAUGGGUUGUGGAGAGCCUUCUCACUGCGCAUGUUUGAUGCAAGUGGGGAGGAUGUGGGAAUUGUUUUUCUUUUCUUUUUGGGUUCCUAGCAAAGCUCGAGAAGAAUCAAGUUAUUGUUGUUUGUUGCGUGCGACGGAUGGUUUUUAUUAUGUUAGCAUAAACUGGUAGUAGAAGAUAAUUAGGCGCGCCGUUUGGAUUGGUUUCGGAAUAGAGCGAGUUUAUAUUUCUUGGGGUCCAUAACAAGACGCUGGUUUGCCUAGGGCUGCCUGCCUUGUGUCUGUAGUUUGACAAUUCCAUUCCGUUGCUCGAGGAUAGGAGAAGUAUUGAUAGAGAA